UGUGCAGGCUGACGCAGCUCGCGGGCCCUCCUCUUGCUCUGCAGCGGCGUCGGCGGAGUUUUGGGCGUUUGGGAGGGGGCGAGGGAGCCAGAGUCGAGAGAGGGAGGCGGCGGCGGCCGGGAGGAGGAGGAGGAGCAGGCGCCGCCAUGGCCGCCGCUAUCACCGACAUGGCCGACCUGGAGGAGCUCUCCCGCCUGAGCCCUCUGCCCCCCGGCAGCCCCGGCUCAGUGGCUCGGGGCCGGGCUGAGCCCCCCGAGGAGGAGGAGGAAGAGGAGGAAGAGGAAGAGGAGGCGGAGGCCGAGGCUGUGGCGGCGCUGCUGCUGAACGGCGGUGGGGGCGGUGGAGGCGGCGGCGGAGUGGGGGGCGGCGAGGCGGAGACGAUGUCGGAGCCGAGCCCCGAGAGCGCCAGCCAGGCCGGGGAGGAUGAGGACGAGGACGACGAGGAGGACGAGGAGGACGAGAGCAGCAGCAGCGGCGGUGGCGAGGAGGAGAGUAGCGCUGAGAGCCUGGUGGGCAGCAGCGGCGGGAGCAGCAGCGACGAGACACGCUCGCUGAGCCCCGGCGCAGCCAGCAGUAGCAGCGGGGAUGGGGACGGCAAGGAGGGCCUGGAGGAACCCAAGGGACCGCGGGGCAGCCAGGGCGGCGGCGGGGGCGGCAGCAGUAGCAGCAGCGUCGUCUCCAGCGGCGGCGACGAGGGCUACGGGACCGGGGGAGGCGGAAGCAGCGCGACCUCCGGGGGCCGGCGAGGCAGCUUGGAGAUGUCGUCGGAUGGGGAACCCCUCAGCCGCAUGGACUCGGAGGACAGCAUAAGCAGUACUAUAAUGGAUGUAGACAGCACAAUUUCCAGUGGGCGUUCAACUCCAGCAAUGAUGAAUGGACAAGGAAGCACUACUUCUUCAAGCAAAAAUAUUGCCUAUAAUUGUUGUUGGGACCAGUGCCAGGCUUGCUUCAACUCUAGUCCAGAUCUGGCAGAUCACAUCCGUUCCAUACAUGUAGAUGGUCAGCGAGGAGGGGUAUUUGUUUGCUUAUGGAAAGGUUGUAAAGUAUACAACACACCGUCAACCAGUCAGAGUUGGUUACAGAGGCAUAUGCUGACACACAGUGGAGAUAAACCUUUCAAGUGUGUUGUUGGUGGCUGCAAUGCCAGCUUUGCUUCUCAGGGAGGGCUAGCUCGCCAUGUACCCACACACUUCAGUCAGCAGAACUCCUCAAAAGUUUCUAGCCAGCCAAAGGCCAAAGAAGAAUCCCCUUCUAAAGCUGGAAUGAACAAAAGGAGGAAAUUAAAGAACAAAAGACGACGCUCAUUACCACGACCGCAUGAUUUCUUCGAUGCACAAACACUGGAUGCGAUAAGACAUCGAGCCAUAUGCUUUAACCUCUCAGCCCAUAUAGAAAGUUUAGGGAAGGGACACAGUGUCGUUUUUCAUAGUACUGUAAUAGCUAAGAGAAAAGAGGAUUCUGGAAAGAUAAAACUUUUGCUUCAUUGGAUGCCUGAAGACAUUUUGCCUGACGUGUGGGUGAAUGAAAGUGAGCGACAUCAACUAAAAACUAAAGUAGUUCAUUUAUCAAAGCUACCCAAAGAUACUGCCUUGCUUUUGGACCCAAACAUAUACAGAACAAUGCCGCAGAAGAGGUUGAAGAGAACUCUGAUAAGAAAAGUGUUCAGUUUGUAUUUAAGCAAACAGUGAACGACAUUUGCAAUCGACUAAAUAUUCGACUUUCGAAUUAGGGCUGAAAAUUUCUGUUAAAGAGUGUUGCCGUAUGUCUGGUGGCUCCCUUUUCAGGACUAGGGUUUUCUCGUGGAGUACAGUAUGUUAAUAUUUACCUAUAUAACUAAUCUGUUAACGGUUUUUGAAAAACCUUUAUUUCAAAUAUUUGAAUAAUCCUCAUAUUUUCAUUUUAACCUACAUAAGCCUCUAAUUUUUUUUCGAGGAAAACAUUUGGUUUAUUAGUUUUUUUUCUUAACGUAAGAAAAAGUAUUUUUUUUAAAGUGUCUUCAAACUGAAUCCUUUAUGCACCAAAGUUGGUUUUGAAAAGGAAAAUAAAAUCACUUUCUUGCUUGGUUAAGCAAGAAGCCAUAUGGAUUUUUUUUAACUUACAGAAAUGGAAAUAUGUGUAACUUGUUAGUAUUGUAUCAAACAAAUGUUCCAUAGAGAUAAUAGAACAUUGCUUGUAAAUAAUUCAGCAGAUUUGUAAUAUAUUUUUAUAUUAUGAGAUGUACUGUAGAUGUUUUUCUAGAGGCAUGAAAGUUAAAUGUAUAUAUUAUGGGUAGAAAUAAUAUUGAAGGAUAUUGUAAUUCACUAGUGCUGCCAGAGGAAUUGUUAAUAAAGCACCUUCUUUAACAAUAAAUGUCUUUUUCAGACUUAAGGAACUAUGUACUACUGUUAAUAUCUUUAAGAACAAAACACAUUGAACAUCCUUCCAGAAAGUCUUUGAGGGAGGACCUAUACCCAUAAUAGAAUUAUGGCACUCAUUUCUGACAGUGACCGUGAAGUCAAUCAUUUCCUUACUGUUGGAAGGACAUAUUGUAAAGUAUGUGGCUAUAUGCAGUCAAACUGCAGAAAAUACUCCUGAUUGAGGAGUUUUCACUUUACUACAGUAAUAUAAAACCAGCAGUUUUUACACUAAAUUUUUUAAAGAAAGAAUAGACAAAAAUAUAGAAUUAAAACUUUGGUUCCAAAAUGGGAAAGUUCCAUGCUACAUAAAUCAUUUCUCAUUUACUUUAAAAUAUUUAAAAAUAAAAACUAUGGGAGACUUUAUUCGUUAGCAAUGGGGUAAAGAGCUAUAUACAUGAAAUGAGUCAUAUAAAAUUAAAUGGAGUGCAAAUAAAAGCACUGCUACUAUAAGACAUUCUGGAAUGGUUGUUUAAUAGGGUAUUAUCCAUAUGAUCUGUAGCAAAUGUGAUUUUAUUUUUAAAAAGAAAAGCAGUAUGUUUUCUUACCUUUUAUUGUUCUCCUUUGCUUAAGCACUUCAUUAAUUGCUUUUUAUUCUGUAUCUGCGAAGUAAUCUGUAAUCUUCUUCGUUCUUUUAAAAUUUUGAUUUGUUAAAAAAUUGCCAAAUAGAAGUGUUCCAGAUAUAUAGUUUGUACCUGUAUUUUUUAUUUUAUUGCCUCAUGUUCUUGUAAGUCAUUCUUAAUUGACCGAUGAUUGUAGACCAUGCCUGAGUAUUUUUUCUAAUAAAACAAAAACAAAUCACAUUUAGCUUCAAAAUUGUAACAGUUCAAUUACAUUUUUAAGCAACAUUUGAAAUGGACAUCUAAUAUUUUAUUUUGGAGAACUGCAAAAAAAUGAGUUUUUUCAUUGUGUAGAAAUAUUUAGAUGUCAGAAUCAAAUUUUAUGGUUAUUGAAUAGCCUCUGAGUAGUCAGACACUCAUGAUACCUUGCUGCUUAUCUGACUUUGGUCCGAUACUAGUAACACACCAAAAAAUACAGAAUUAAAAUGAAAGAGUAUUUAACUUGUACGUAAACAUUAUUAUUACAUACCAGCACAAUUAUAUACUAGCGGCAAGUAAGUGUGAACAUUUUAAUUUAUAAUGCUUACUGAGUGAUCGUACCCAUCCAUAUUGUCCCUCCUACCUCCCAUAUAUGACGUACUUACAAUGUGGCACCUGAAAUACAAUUAGUCCCUAGCUCCAGAUCUGUUGUCUGGUUGGGCAGUGGAGAAACCCACAGGCACACGCGUUCGUCUGGGUGCUGUCCGUGACUGCUCGCUUCCUGUAGUGGCAGAGUUGGGUAGUGAGGCCUUUCGGCCUGCAAAUUUGAAACAUAUACUCUCUGACCUUUUCAGGAACAAUUUGCCAGUCUCUGGUGCAGUUGAUAAAGAUUUUGGAAAAAUAAAUCUAGACCACAUAACUUACAUUUUAAUGUAAUAGUGUUGAUCUUGGUAACAUUAAGUUUCAGUGGAAGCUGUUUACUGUACUUUAAAUAUCGCUAUAUUAGGUACCUGCAACAAAUGGUGUUGUGUUGUUUUUAUACUUUUAUAUUGGAUUUCUUAAUAGUUAUUAAUAUUGCACCAUUUGUGUGUAUUUUGUUUUACUAAAUAGGACUAAAAUGAGAUUGUGUAAAUCAGAUCAUGUUUAAAUCACAAGGCACAUCUUGCUCUAUCUAAAAGAACCUUGGAAGUGGAAAAUAUUGUAAAGUUUAAAGUUGUUUAUUUUUUAAAUAAACUUUUCAUAUAUAAA